CCCGGCUACCGUUCCUUAUCAAUGUUAGCAUUCGAUCAAAAGAAGCCUCAUCAGAAGUCAACAUGUGUGUGUUUCACUGUCCGAUAGCGGAAUGUCCUAAGAAAGAAAGAUGCGAGCUAACAUAAUUACAUGCAUGGUAAUUCUUUAUCUAGGUAAGGUAUCAAUGAUUUUACGCCCGUUUAAUUUACAUUCCUCUUAAUAAUCUAUCCGCGCUUAUGUACUAUAGUCGUAUCGUUUCUAAUCAUAAAUAACGGCCAUCGGCUGCGCUCGGUUUGAGCAGUAUCUUAUAAUUGUUGGAGGCGAGGAGCUCCGUGCAUUUGACCUUUUGACGGCCAUCAAGCCGUGAUGACAGUCUCGUCUUGUUCGCACUAAACGCGCUAUAGAACUGGAAAUCUUUACUAGCAGACGAAUUUUUACUCGAAAACGUGUUCUACUUGGUUAAUAUUGAAACAGGCUGAUAAGAUUCUUGAAGGUUCAAUAGUCUGUGUGUGUCGGAGUGCAGUAUACGGAUAUUUCGCACAGUGUCUCCGUAUAUAGUCGUCCUCAAUACUAUAUAUUAUAACCAUGCCGCAAGAUCGGUUACCAGAGCUGCAAGCCGUAAUCUUCGCCACCGAAUUCUCGCCAAUGAUGGUCUUUAGCCAGGCCCAUGAGGACCUCACCCGGAUGCAGGGUCUCAUAAAAAAGCUGGCCAUGGCGCACGCAGACGCUUUCACCUCCAUUGACAAAAAAAGUGACGGGAUAAACCCUAUUAUUCAGGAUUUUCGACAGACCGCGGCAAGUGUUCGAGGAUUACUCCAACAAAUUAGGGGUUCAGUUAGCUCAAAUGAUGGUUCGGCGAGGGGUCGUAUGCGAUGGUGCCAGUAUCAGGCUAUAUCACAGAGAUUCGGGGAUCUCGCCAGAGAUUUCAAUUCGGAACAGAUGGCUUAUCAUGACAAAUGUAAACAACGUAUUCACAGACAGCUAAAGAUUAUGGGCCACGCGUCUACUGACGACGAAGUCGAAAAAAUGUUGGCAAGGAACGACUUAUUUAUCGGAGCGGCCUCACAACUUAAGAUUGACGAAGCGCGCUUCGUUCUCGAUGAGAUGCGAAAUCGGCAAAAGGAUAUUGAGAACCUGGAGGAAUCCGUUCGUUAUAUUACCGAAUUAUUCACUGAAGUUGCUGUCUUUGUUGAAACACAGGGCAAGGCCGUCAGUCGAAUUGCGGAGAACGUUGAGGACGCGGUCGUGUUCGUCGACGAUGGCGGAGAUGAACUUGUCAAGGCUCGAACGAAUCGGUCGUCCGCUCGAAGGAGAAAGUUUCGGAUUUUCCUCUACGUUGCUCUCACAGUCGUGAUACUCGUAAUGAUCAUCAUCCUAUCGAGCAAAUAAUUAUCACGGGAUGGAUUGCACAAACCUUCAAAGCGUCACGUGAUGGCGACACCUGGUGCUCCACUUCAUUGCAAGCGACCAGAAAGAGCUAACUUCAAAAUUUUAUAACCAGCAUUCGAGCUUAGAGCUUAGCACUUUUGAGGUCGCAUUUGGACAUUAUUUUAUUAGCGAUAUUGUCACAAGUUGCCAAAAAAAAAA